GUGGCGUUGGUGUCCGUGGCGGCGUCAGGAGCGCUGGGGAGGCCGUCCUUGUCCUUCCCCGCCCUCGAGACCCGCGGGAGGAGGUCGCUCGUGUCCUCGUACUUGGGGAAGCACGUGGUCAAGGAGCCUGCUGUGUCACCCUCCAGCCUUGAGGAGGAGGAGGAGGAGGGAAGUGGAGCUGUCGAUCCCCAAACCGCAGUAACGUCUGUGGUGGAGGAGAGUCUGGUCGCCCCGGGUAGCAUUGCAGAGGAGGACGACGACGGCGACGACCCAGACAAUGACAGCCAAGAGGACGACUCCGAAGCCAUGAUGAAUGACGACUCGGACGACAGCGAUAAGGAAAGUCUGCUCGUGACGCGUGAUGCCCAGGGAGGGGAGGACGAGGGUGAGGACGACCACGCGGGGACACACACGGACGCAGAAGAAGCCGAGUCGCAGCCAGAACCGAAGGCUGAACCAGAACCCGAAACGAAGGCAGAACCUGAACCAGAACCCGAAGUGAAGUCAGAACCUGAACCCGAACCAGAGGCUGAAGCAGAACCUAAAGCUUCGCCGGAACCAGAACCUGAAGCUACGUCCGAACCUGAACCCGAGCCAAAAUCGGAGGUUCAGCUGGAACCCGAACCGGAAGCAGAACCCAAAGCUACACGGGAACCAGAGCCUGAAACUGCACCAGAACCUGAGCCAAAGACGAAGGCCGAAGAGGGAGAAGUCAAGGAGAACACCCAAGUCAAGAAAGGCGGUGCAAAGGCGGCCAAAUCAGAUUCCGCGGCAGCUCAACCCAAAUCAAUGUCGUCUCACAGAAUGGCCGCCGAUGCCAAAUCUGAGGCGGAAUCUGAAACUAAAUUGGAACUUCAGGAUGUAGCUGAACCGAAUCCUAAAUCCAAGGAAGAGACCGAUGCCGAGGACGAACCCGAAACCGAUAAAACCAUGGCAGAAAUGAAGACCGAAACAACGGGAGAAAAUUCCAAAAUCACGUCGGAAGAAGAAGAUUCUCUGCCCAAUAUGGACAAGGAGUCGGAGGACAAAUCCAAAGUCUUGAAGGAACGGAAUGCAGAACUCAAAACCGACGGAGAUGACGAAGAAGAAUCAGACGCACCCGACAUGGUCACGGACGGGAAAGCAAGGAUGGAAACCCUCGGAGACAAUGACUUAGAGAAGACCAACAUGCAGGCCAUUCUCGAGAUGGAAAAGCAGUUCAACGAGACAGAAGAGAGCGAGGAACAGCACGAGGAAGAGCCACGAGCAACAGGUACACCACCGAGCAUGAUCUCUGAUGAUGUAAUGGACAGCAUCUACUUGCGAACUGCUGACUCCAGUGAAGAGGAGGGUGAUGGUGGUGAUAGCGAGGAGGCAGGUAGUGGAGAAAACAAAGAAGCGAUGGAUGACGACAAAGCCAUGGAUGGUGAGAAGAAUGAUAACAUGGAGAGUGAAAAGGAAAAAGGAGGAAAUGACGAACCGAAGACUCAAGGAAACAAUAUUGGGAAAGCCAUGCAUACGGCGAACGAGACACCCAAGGCUGACAUGACAAACGAAAAAGACGAAAAGGCUAACUCAGAAGAAGAGGAGGAGGAGGAGAGUACUGAUUCCCCUGCUCAUUCUGAAGAUGACGGACACAAGGAAGAAAAUGAAAAUGUUGAACAUAUGGAAGUGAGAGUGGACACGAAUGUGGAGGUGAAGGAUAAAGAACCUUCCGAAACAGUAACAGAUCACAAAGAGGCUGACAAGAAUGAGAUGGGAAAACCAGAAGUCAAAACAGAACACACUCGGAUCCACUCUCCAACUAACCUAAUCCACUCGGAAGUAGAUCUGGAAGCCACGCGUGAAAACGAGAAGGCGAGUGACUCCAAAGAGGAAGAUGGACAAAAAAUGGAACGAGUUAGCAACAAGCAAGAAUCAACAGUCAAGACAGAGGCCCACAGUCCUAUCCACUCUCCAACUAACCUGAUUCAUUCUGAGGUUGACCUCGAAGCCACCCUCAAGAACGGGGAGAUGAGUGUUUCAAAGGUGGAAGAUGGAGGAAAAAUGGAAGAGGAAGAACCUGCAGCUGAACCAGAACACAGUGCAGAACAUGUAAAAGACACAGAAGCUCAUAUGGAAUCAGGAUCAAAAACUGAAGAGCCAGAACAGAACACAGAAUCAAUGGAGCAAGUAGAGGAAACCACAAAGCAAGAUAAACAGUCAGAGGUUGAGGCACAAGCCACCACAGAUGCAGAGACUGAGGUGCACGAUAACCCUAAAAUGAGCAAAGAUAAAAUGAAUGCUGACAAUAUUGUUACAGAUGAGUCUCCCAAAGCAAAGUCCAUGUCGAGUGGAGGAGCCAGCAAUAAAGUAGUGGACGAAAGUGAUAUGGCUGAACCUGAGCCUAAGGCAGAGGUUGAACCCGAACCUGAACCUGAAGUUAGGGCAGAAGCCGAGCCCGAGGCAAAAGCCGAACCUGAACCAGAAGUCAGGACCGACCCUGAACCAGAGCCAAAAGCUGAGGCUGAACCCGAACCUGAAGCAGAAUCUGAACCCAUGGCUGAGACUAAACCCAAAAUGAAAACUGAAGCUAAGCCCGAAAACAAGGAAGACAAAGUUGAUGUAAAAUCAGAUCUUGAGACGAAACCCGAUGCGGAACCCAAAGCAGAGGCCGUUCCUGAGCCCGAAGCAGAAUCCGAACCACAUGCUGAGCCAGGAACAGAAGCCCCCAAAGGAACAGAACAGGAUGCACCUGCAGCUCACAAGGAGGAAGAAACAACCACAGAACACGAAACGAAUGAAGAGACCCAUGCUGAAAAGCACGAAAAGCCCACAGCAGAAGACUCACCUGACAGUGAAGUGAAAAAGGACAAGAUGACUCCUCCAGUAUUGGCAAAAGCCAACUCCCCUGAAGGACUUGGGGAACAGGAAUCACAGGAAAUGCUGACCCUGAGAGACUUGGUCCUCACGACAAUGUCCGGCCUUCCGAAUGACCCAAGGAGACCUAUCGCCACCACACAGAAACCACCAAAAGAGGUCAAAGUUCCUAAAGAAAAACCAACAAGUACCACAGUCGCUCCCAUUGCAGUCAAAGUCAACAGUAUGCAAGCCCACGGUGCAAAACCCAAGGAUGCUGGUAAAGAGUAAAACGGGUUAAUAAAAAUCCCCAAAUUAUCUAUACGAUAAGGCUUAUCACAGAUAGUUUAUGCUGCAAUUUCAAAGGGUUCUCUUCCUCCCUGUGCUCUUGGGGGUUUGCUCAACAAAAAGUUCACAAAAC